AUCGCGUUGGAACAGGCCAGAAAUAAAUUUGGGGCAAGCACAUCGGGCGAUGUAGAUAGGGAGUGGUGUGUAAGAGGAUAUCGAUGUGGCUGGGUCACUUCGGUUUUGGGAGAGUCAGACCCGAACCUCAUAAAGUUAUCGUAAGUUUGCACAGGUAGCAGACUACAGGGUGGUGGUGUUUGUGUCGAUCGCCGCUGCAACUGGGAAAGUUCAGUCGCGCUUGGUACGAGUCACUGUAUUGAGAUUGAAGGAGAGGGGAGUUGAGAGGUAAUGAGUGAGAGAGCUGGUAUAAGGAUCAGGAGGUGCUGGUGGUGGAUGGUGUUCUUGGUGGGGGUGCUCAUGGUGGGAAUUCAGUACCGGCUCCGAUUACCUGUCUAUAUUCUCUAGGGUGAUCGUGUUGGAAUAAACCAGUUGUGUGAUUAAUCAAGUGAGGUUUUGAGCAAAGCUUUGUGCUGGGGAGAUUGUCGUUGUUGUGGCGCAAUGGCGCAAGCGCACAGCAUGAUGCAAUGUUCCUGCGGGAGUGCCUUUGUUGCCUCAACCAGUCGGGUGAGGCGAAUAGGCGGUUUAUCGGGCGGUUUGGGAGCGCCGACGCAGAGGAGGCUGUUAAGCUCUGGUGAUGAUAGUAUUUUUAUUUCUGUGGAAUCGUCACGAUGCUUACGCGUGUCGCAUGGCUUAGCUCCCUCUGUCCACCGUCUCGCCACGCUUCGAUAUGAAGCGAGUGAUUUUUCAAAGCCCUCGACGGCAUGUGCUUCCGCAGCGAAUGGCAGCAUGGGCAAUGACACCAUGGUUGUGAUGGGCCACCAAGGCGCAGGAUUUCAGCAACUGGAGCAACCGUGGGAGGGACGUGCUGGAGCAGAGAAGGAGAGCAGGAGUAGGAGAAGUCCUGUGGUGGAAGUGAAUGAGAGCAAAGGCGAGCACUAUUCGUCGAGCAGUACUUCCGAGCAGAAAUUUUCGGCUUUGAAUACUGCAGAGUGGGUUUCAUCAGGCGGGCAAGUGGGUUCGGCGGAUGCGAGUAAGAGCAGUAUGAAAUGGAACAUGCUCCUCAGCACGGAAGCGCUAGAGGAUGCACACCUCUUCCGCGCCUCCAGCGUCACUGACGCUCAUGUCCUCCGUAGAAAGGGUCGACUCAAAGAGCAAGAUGGGCUGAUCGAGUUCAUCAUCUCAAUGCACCACACGCACUCGCCGUUCCAGGUGAUGGAGAAGGUGGAGCGUUGGGUGCGAGAGCACGUCGCGGAUCCCAAUCGCUCCACGCUCAAGCGACUCAUUCCCAACUUGGGCCCCCGGUUCCACACCCCCUUACCCCUCGUGCGCGCACUCCACGAAUACGACGAAUUCGCCUCUCUCUCCCGGCGCAAGUAUGUGCCCCCAAAUUUUGCCGAGGUCCGCCAUGUGUUAAAUAUCGCUCAGGUGCAUGCCAUUGCGGAGAAGCUGCAACUCAUCACAUUUGAUGCAGACGGGACAAUAUAUGCUGAUGGGCACCACAUUCGCGGGGACAACAAGAUGAUCGGCCACAUCAUUAAGCUCAUGCGCGAGGGAAUUAACGUCGCCAUUGUCACUGCAGCCGGAUAUCCAGGCAACGCUGAGAAGUUUGAGGGUCGACUGGCGGGCCUCCUGGAUGCGUUUAGGGAGCUUGAGCUUCCCCAGAACGUCACAAAGCUCUUCCACGUAAUGGGAGGCGAGUGCAACUAUUUACUGGGCGUGAAUCCGCAUACUUACAAGCUGGAAUUUGUGUCCGACGAGCUUUGGAAAUCCUCUGACAUGUUGGCCUGGGGAGAAAGUGAUGUCAAGGAGUUGCUGGACAGCGCAGAAAGAUCGCUGAAGUCCGCCGCCGCGCGGCUACGUGUUCCUGUCGAGAUUGUGCGCAAGCCUAGAGCAGUGGGCGCAGUACCCAAGGAUCAUACCAUCUACGAAGUUCUAGAAGAGAUGGCGCUCACCGUGCAGAUGCAGCUCAUGCAGUCAGGGCUCCCGUUCUGUGCUUUCAACGGCGGAAACGACGUCUUCGUCGAUGUGGGGAACAAGUCUGUUGGGCUCCAAGCUCUCAUGAAAUUCCUCAACAAAAACUGCUGUGAGACUCUGCACGUUGGAGACCGCUUCACAGUUAGCGGUAACGACAUGGCAACUCGGUCCCAGUGCUCCAUCCUCUGGGUGGCAAACCCAGAAGAGACGGCCUUCUUCGCUCGACUCUUGUUGCGCGACAUUCGCUUGGCGAAGCUGAAUCACUACAUCGAGUGAGAUUCCAAAUUCUGAAUCUCCAUCCAUGACCUGAUUCAGCUGCCAUCGAUCUUUUGUAGGACUUUUUGUAAAUAGAAAUCAGCUGCGAAGACGGUCCAGCGACCCCCGUAGACUGAAAUAUCAGUUGCGAUGCCAAUUCAUUAGCCCCCGCAGACUGAGAAUUGUGUGGCUUUCAUUGAAUAAGGUAGAAUUGUAUCCUGUUAGUCCAUCGUAGUAGGGAAACCAUCAACCAAACUUUCAGUAGAUUCGAGUCUUCGACGUUCUGUCAGCCGCCCUUUACGCAAAAGUUUUUGAUGUCGGAGCAAAAUUUUACUGCCAAGAUAAAUCAAGUACCAUCUCACAAGAAUA